AUGCUGCAGAUAUGCCGCGCUGAGGAUGGAGUGUCGUUCCAGGUGAACGCGACUCUUUGGGAUAUCGAGAGGUCCGGAAGCUUGGAGGACUUUCUACACGAACAUACUGCCGUGGACCCGGAUGCAGUACUCGCAUAUCUUUCGGAUGGACGCAGGCUGGGUAACGACAAUGUCCGGGAGCUUGCGGGUGCUCCUGACCAGGCCAUCUAUGUCUUCAACAAAUUCUAUCUCGAUGACGACCUCGAGCACGUUCUCCAAGAGCUGUGGCUCGAGCCGCCGUUGCAACCAUCCGUACGGGAUGAAGUGAACGCCACCCCAAACUUGAAGCCGGCGCAAAUAGGCGCCCUCUACCUGCGUGCGGCCCGAGCAAACCACCAGAGCUUGCUACACCUCCUAGACUCCUUGCGCGUGCAACUUGCGGCCCUUCGUAUAGCAUCAGGAAAUCUGGACAAGAACGUUCUAGAUUUGAGCGAUGUAUAUGACGGGGUGGCCACGGCGACAUUACAAGAGCUCGAACGGCAGAGUGCUCUACUCCUGGGCAUUGAUGCCGAUCUCAACAUGAUUGACCGGGUGGAUGUCCACCGGCAAUUCCUGUCGGCCACUAUGCAGCGUGCCAUCGAUCAGGGAGACAAAGGGCGUACUCUGGCCGACUAUGUUGCGAGGGACAAGAUGCGCCAGGUUGCCCAAACGUGCACGAAGCUCCACAGCGACCUUCGCCAAAGACAACAGGCUGCUGAGCAAAGCAUGCGGCGGUUGAAUGACGGGUCUGCAGAAAUUCGCUCGAGCCUGAGUGAGAGUCUGAUACACGAAGGAGAGGGAUACGUCACGCGGUCCCAAGAGCUCUGCGACAAAUCCGAGGAGCUGAUGCUGACCUUCGAAGGUCCCAUUGUGGACCCAGACAAGGUGCUCCUCGGGUUACGCCAAGUUGACGCAGACAUCAGAGAUCUUGUCGAGCGUAUGACUACCGUGAAGAACCGUUCAUCAGAGCAGUCCAUACGUGCCCUUCGUCAGAUCAGUCUCUUGAACAACGACCUCGUUCAACUGCCAGACAUGCUAGCUGCCUUACAAACGUCUCUCCGGACCAAGAACGCCUUCGCUCACAUCCAACGUCUACACAACAUGAUCUACGCAUAUGGUGCCACACUCAUCGAGAUCGUUCGUCGCAAGGAGUUUGCUCGGUUCUUCUACCAACGAGCACAACUCAUCUUGGAAGUCAUGGCCAAACUCUCGAAUACGGAGAAGAAGCGUCGGCAGAUUCACCGUAGCGAGUUUCACGCUCAAUUGCCUUUCGACCUCAAGGGCAUGGAUGAUGCAGUCCCUUCCAUCGACUUCACACCCGUAGGCUCCAGCGAGGGCAGCAUGUACAAUCUGCAGCGGUCGGAUGUUGACGAUUUCAUGCGCGUGUUGUCUGAUGUGGAGGCAUACGUCGAAACAUUACCAGAUGGGGCUCUGGCAUUAGCAUCCCUACGUGAAAUCAAGGUCAACCUCGACAGGCUGAUUCAGAAGAUGGACUCUCUUGAGUCUGGAUUCGAUCGCAUUGCCGAACGUUCAUUGCUAUCAUCUUCAAAACUUGCUUUAUCUCGGCGACGGUUAUCCGACGCAGAUUCGCAUGCACUACAAGACCUCACCACCCAACUACGUGACGCCGAAAACGAGAAGGCCAUUCAGAGCGCGAGGUUCGAGGCAGAGCGAGCAGCAAUGCGCGAAGAGAUUGUACGGCUGCGCUCUCAGGUCGACGGAUCGACUGAUAGCCACGAAGUCGUAAAUAAGCUCGAGCGCGAUCUGCACUUGGCCCGAAGCCAGCUGGAGAACGAGACGCGCGCGAGACAGGUCAUGGAGGGCCGUCAUCAGGAUCUACUCGCCAACGUCGACCGCCAGCGGCAGGAGCUCUCUGACGCUCUGACGGAAGCUACGACGCAGACAAGAGCUGCUGAGGUCGCACGUCAAGAACUUGCACAAGCUCGCGCUGAGUUCGAGGAGGUCAAGGCGCUCGAGGCUCGGAGUUCAGCGCGUUUGUCAAGCCUAUUGGAGGUGCAGGAGACGACGCAGCGUUCGCUGGAGGCCGCACGCGCGCGGGAUGAGAAUCUUGAGGCCCAGUUCAGUGCAUUGCGAGACGAGCGCGAGAGCAUUCGCCGCGCACUGGACGAUGCCGGGAAGGAGAAGGAUCGGCUGUUGCGCCAGCAAGCCAGUGAACACGAUCGUCAGAUGCGUGACUACGUGGCAGAAGCGGAUGGAGAUCGUGCUGUACUCGAGCAUCAGUUCUGCGAGCUGCGCGCGGAGAUUGAGGACAUGGAGCGCCAGGUCAAGGAGGCAAACGCACAAGUUGAGAUGAAGGAGGCCGACGCCACAGGUCUACGCGAGGAGCUUCACCGUCUCGAAAUCGAGAUGCGUAAUAGUCAAGAAGCAGAAGCCGGUCUUCGCGCCGAUCUCAAGGAGGCACGUGCAAGCGCAGCACAGCUGGACGUGCGACUUGAGAACGCCAAUCGUUUAGUAGCUCAGCUUCUUGACACCGCACUCGCCUAUCGUACCGCGCAUUUCAAGGCAUUGAACGUAGCCACUGCAGCUGUAUCGCACCCAGCAAUAUCGAAAUCUCUCGCUCAUCUUGGCGAGUCACCCGGCGUCAAUGGUAGCCGUUUGCCCCUCGGACCGCUGGAUGAACCAAGUCCCAUCGACCCCGCAGACCCUUCCGGCGCUUUGGAGGCACUACGGGCGUUUGACCAAGAUCACUUCCUUGAGGCUGUUGCGAAAACGGCGUCCACCAUCCGCAAAUGGCAAAAGCAAUGCAAGGAGUAUCGCGAGCGCUCAAAGGGCAAGAUCUCGUUCCGCAACUUCGCGAAGGGCGAUCUCGCUCUGUUUCUGCCGACGCGGAAUUCCAUAUCCAAGCCUUGGGCGGCAUUUAAUGUAUCGUUCCCUCACUACUUCCUGCAGGCGACAGGGCAUCUCGCCGAGCAACUUAAGAACAGGGAAUGGAUUGUCGCCCGCAUCACGUCUAUCACCGAACGCGUGGUGGAUCAUAAGGAUCCUACGAGCAAUCCGUAUGGUCUUGGCGACGGGAUCAAGUAUUACAUGCUCGAGGUCGAGGAUUGGACUCAACCGGUCACCACCAAGCGUCGCGCAGGCCCACGCAGGAUUUCUUCUGGCGAAACGAACACUGACGGACCUUCGACCCCGCUUACACCUCCAGCCGAUAGUCAGGUUGAAGAGAUCUUCCCUGAGGCGCGUGGACCCAGCGCGCACCUCUUCCCUUCCCGUUCGAGGAGCAACUCCAUACCAAUCGCGGGGCCAUCCUCCUUGUCAAAACUCCUCGCGCAAGCACCCGUCUCAGAUGCAAGUCCUGCUACUGCGCCGUUGGAAACAAUCCCCCAUUCCCCUAUCGCUAGCCGAACACCUUCUCCGUUGGCGACACCCUUUGUCCCUCCUUCAGCCUCUCCGUCUCGAAGCCCAGCUGCACGCGCUCCUUCACCUCCAAACGCUGCUUCUACAUCUCAAACGCCAUUCCCUACAUCUUCACCCGCCGCUCCUCCGACACACACUCUCCCCUCCCCACCCUCACAGCCCGCUUCCCUUCCCAGGAGAAUAGCAUCAUCACCACUUCGCCCUGGAUCACGUGCAUCUAGGCUCUCAACGUCGUCGGGACGGAUUCCGCCUUUUGCGCAUGGGGCUUCGGGGCCAGCAACCGUGAAGGGCACUCCAACGACUGCGCUCACUCCAGCCCCUGCGAGCCCUCCAGUUGUGCAGGACACCUCCGCUAGUACGCCUUCACCAGCGGAUUCACCUGGAGAAGGCAUGAUGGCGAGCGUGAUCAGCAACGCGCGCAGACGCACUACGUCGUAUCAUGCCUCUUCCGCCUCUGCUACGUCCGUAUCCCCAACCGAUCGACGCACAGCGAACGUGAGCGCGAGUGCCAGUACUGGGGGCGCGAUGGGCGCUCUCGCUAGCAUCGCGAGCUGGAGUCAAUCUCUUUCGCGCAAGAAACGGCAAAGCCUCAUUGCCGCUCCUGCGCCUGCCGCAGUGAAUACGGCUACCCCACCAGUGGAUACAGAUCUCAGUGUACCGCCUAAUGGCACUGCACGAAAGCAGUUGUCCCGCCAUGAAGCUUGA